AUGGAGGAGGACGAAGAUUACCUGUUGGACGACACUUACGCGCUGCGCGACUUGAUUGACGAGGACAGCGACGAGGACGACGGUGCGAUCUUGUUUUCGGACGACGACAUAAUCCCCGAGGACGACGACCCUGACGACGAGGACUUCGAGGAGGAGCCAGACAAUUUCGGGUUCAGCGAGGAGGAGUUGGACGAGGAGGACAUCGACGAGGACUUUGAGUUCCGCAAUGCGUUGCGGGAGGCGCGCAAUUUCCGACCCAAGCCCCAGAAGGGCGCCAAGAAGACCAAGGGCCUGGCUGCCAUGCGUCGCAAGAUCCGCAGAGAGGAGCUGUCUCCGGAGGUGAAAUUGUUGCUGUCGCAGGCGAACGAGGCUUUUGUGCGGAAUGACCUGCCUGUGGCGCAGAACUUGUAUUUGGAGGUGGUCAAGCUCGACAAGAACAAUUUCAGUGCGUACAAGACCCUGGGAGAAAUAUACAGACUGCAGGGCAAUUACAACAAGUGUUCGAACUUUUGGCUGUUGGCGGCCCAUCUGCACUCGUGGGACUACGAAUUUUGGCGGACGUUGGCCGAAUUGUCUGUGGAAUUGGAGCACACGCGACAGGCUGUUUAUUGCUACUCUAAAGCCAUUUCCGCAAGCAACGGCAAGGACCUGGACUCGAUUUUCUCCCGGGCAUGUUUGUACCGCGAGCGCGGCCAGUACAAGCGUGCGAGCGACGGGUUGUUGAAGCUCAGGGCACUAAUGCCGCAGGAACCAAAGAUAUGCAGAGAAUUAGCCAAAAUCUACGUGGACGAAAACAGAGUCAACGACGCAAUCAACAUGUACACGCGGAUUUUGGAAGACAACAUGAAACACAGACGCGGAGAAAAGACGGAGCUCAAGACCAUCACCUUUGACUGGUCAGAACUCAACAUCCUGCUGGAGUUGUACGGUAAGAAAGCUGCGUGGACGCUGGCGAUCAAAGCAUUGAAGACCGUUUCGCGAUGGAUCCAGUUCCGCGAGUCGCAGACGUUCUGGGACGACCAGACCACGGUUGACUCCGAGUUCGACGACCGACGGUUCGAGAACCCGCGGUUCCAGGCCCUCAGACCAGAGGAAAAGGCAAAAGAAUACACGCUUCCAAUUGACAUUCGUGUGCAACUGGGCCUGUUUCGUUUAAACUCCAAAAACACUAACGAGGCACUACGUCAUUUCGAGUACGUUUUGGCCGAGAACAUCCAGGAAACGGCCGACCUGUUCCUGAGAAUAGGAACCGAGCUCGAGACGUUUGGACUGUACCACGAGGCGUUGCGGUACUUCUAUCCUGUUUCGAACGUUUACGAGAACAACCCAGCAGAGCUGAUUUUAAGCAUUGCCAAGUGUCUGCGCGAGACAGAAGACUUUGAGAACGCCAGAGACGCGUACAAGCGGCUGUUGGAGCAUGACCCGGACAACGUCGAGAUCAAGGUCGCUCUCGCGGAGGUGUACUUUUAUCUGGACGAUAUUCAGAGCAUGAGCCUGUUGUACCAGGAAGCUCGUGAACAACGGAGCGAGGAGCGGGCCAGUGCGCGGAAAAACCUGCUCCAGGAUACCGAGGAUGUCAGUGAGGACGAGGAGAUGAGCGAUGACCCGGCCACAAAAGACCCGGACCAAAUGGCCCUGAUUGCAGAGUACCCGUCCUCGCGUAAGGCGAAACGCAAAAAGUUCACGCCUCUUGCGCCCGAGGUGCUGCACAAGAAGGAACUCAAGUCCACCACGCGGAUCAACGAGCAGUAUGCGCGCGCAAACCGGCUGCUUGAACGGCUCGAGGACGACUCUGACUCGCUGGGAGUCGACCGCAGCUCGAUUGCGUCGAUGUGGAUCGACAUUGUUUCCGAGCUGAUCGAGGUGUUUUCCACUUACAGAUGCUUCUUUUCCUCGGACAAGGCCAAGAAGUUCAACACAAGCCUGCGGCGACGCACAGAGAAGCUGAGCAUCGACCAGAAGCUGUCGCGGCUGCCGUAUUUGCAGGACGAGAUGAUUCUCUCGAAAGAAAUGGACUCGGGUCGCAUUCCGAUCCCAAGCGAGAAGUUCAAGGGCAUUGCGUUCACCAACUGGUUCGAUCUGUUUAUGAAGUACUCGUUGAUGAUCUCCGAGUACGAGUCGAACGUUGAGGACGCAUUGUCCGUACAGGAGAUUGCGCGACACAUCAACGUGUUCAAGAAGAAAGAGCUCACUAUCACUUUGGGCGGGCUCUCUGUUGGGUUCAUCACCAACGACGUUUCUGUGAUUAUGAACCAUUUGCGGAUCCUGAUGAACGACUAUCAGUUUUCCAUUCCUGCGUUGAAGACGUUUCUUGCCGCUUGCAAGCCAACAGAGCUGUUUUAUCAUCCAUACGUGGACGCUCCGAACCAGAAGUACAUUCUCCGACAGAUCAAGACCCACGACUCUUUGAAGGAAGGACGCGACAUUUCAGGCAUGGCGGCCAUCACAAACACGAAUGUGGACACCACCAAGUUCCACCCGCUGCUAAACUACGUGUACUCGACGUUUUUGUACGUGAACAAGUCGUACACGGCCGCGUUGACAUACAGCUUCAAGAUCUACAGAGACUACUGCAACGACCCGUCGCUGGUGUUUCUGAUGGCUCUAUCGAACCUGCACCGGUCGAUGCAGCGGCAGACGAUCAACAAGAACUUCCAGAUCAUCCAGGGCCUGACUUUCAUGCUGGAGUACGCAGAGCUGCGCCGGUCGCAGGGCGGUUAUGACAUGGAGAUCAACUAUAACCUGGGCAGGACGUUCAAUCUGUUGGGACUCAACACGCUGGCGUUGCAGUUCUACGAGAAGGUGCUGGAGCUCGACGACGACGAGCCGUACGACCUCAAAUACGAGGCCGCGUAUAACAGUUAUCUGAUCUACAGCUACGACGGCAACUUUGAGCUGGCCGAGCAAGUUAUGGAGAAAUAUUUAUGUGUAUAG